UAGAAUGUCACAUUGAAAUGUGACAGCGGUUACAUCUACGAGAUGAUUGGUGUUGGUGUUCGUUCUCGUGGGCCUACAUAACUACUACAAGCAACUCUCGAUAUCUGUUCAACUUGCGACUUUCUUCACUAUUUUCAGCCAGCUAAGACAUGGCAUCACUACAAAAACACGCCCAAAUCUCCAAUCAUAGCGAGAAUGGAAAAUUAGGAGAGACCGACCUUACGAAUCUCGAAAAGCUAAGCGAUGCCACUAUAGCAGAAACAGUUCCUAUACAAGACGCACCUUAUUCUGUAUUUUCUACCGGGCAAGAGAAAUGGAUCAUCUUCAUCGCGGCUCUGGCUGGAUGGUUCUCAACCGCCAGUAGUUUUAUCUAUUUUCCAGCCAUCCCAUUCUUAGCCAGAGACACGAAUGUCCCAGUUGAGAAUAUCAAUCUCACGGUGACGUCCUACCUAAUAGCCUCCGGAAUCUUCCCAUCGAUUACUGGCGAUGCCGCCGAUAGAUAUGGUCGUCGUCCUGUCUUCGUCGUAUGCUUAUGUGUAUAUGCAGUCGUUAAUGUCGGUCUGGCCUGCCAACGAUCAUUCGCAGCUCUCUUCGUUCUACGAAUGAUACAAAGCGCUGCGAUAUCUGGAACAUUUUCAAUCGCAUACGGGAUAAUCGGUGAUUUGACUACACCUGCUAACAGAGGAGGCUACACUGGAUUUGUUUCUAUAUUUCUAAACACUCCACCUAGUGUCGCGCCCCUGAUCAGCGGACUGCUUCUUAUUAGAUGGACGUGGCCCUCCAUCUUUUGGUUUUUAGUGAUCGCCUCGACAACAGUGUUUCUAACUAUCAUUACUUUCUUACCAGAAACAUGUAGAAGCAUCGUAGGCAAUGGUAGCCAGCGCCCGCCUUUAAUCAACCGCCCUCUUAUGCCUCUGCUCCACCCUCCAUACCAGGAAGACGGGACUGAGGGGCCAGAACAGAAAAUAUCAAGGGGACUGCCUAAUCCUCUUACAGUCCUCUCUCUAUUGAGGAAUCGCGCAACCCUGGCAGCCGUGGUUUGUUAUGGAAUAUACUAUACGAUAUACUCUUGCUUGCAAGCUUCACUGUCAACAGUAUUCGUUGAAACUUAUAAUGUUUCCGGAUUGGUAGCAGGUUUAUCGUAUAUUCCUUUCGGUGUGGCGUGCAUGACUUCGGCAUUCAUUGCAGGCAAAGUAAUAGACAGAGAUUAUCGGAAAACCGCAGAAUCUCGCGGGAUGACGAUCGAUCAAUUUCGCGGGGAUGAUAUAUCGAAGGUGCCGAUUGAAUAUGCGCGUCUUCGUACGAAUAAAUAUUAUAUCGUGCUCUGUGCGCCUCUUGUCGCCGCAUACGGUUGGAUUCUUCAGUUGAAAGUGAAUAUGGCUGUCCCGCUCGUGAUGCAAUUCCUCAUCGGAUUCACGAUGCAACCCCUUUUCACGUCACUUAACACUCUUCUCGUGGAUUUCCAUCCCGAUAAAUCAUCUUCUGUCCAAGCUGCGAAUAACCUUGUUCGGUGCGAACUUGCUGCCGCUGGUCUAGCAGUACUAGACAUCAUGAUUCGACGACUGGGUCCAGGUUGGUGUUUUGUUAUAUUCGCUUGUAUUCAUAGCUUGACCCUUCCGACACUUUGGAUAUUAGGGAAGCAAGGACCAAAAUGGCGUCGCUGAGAAUUCAAUGACCUUCUAGAGGCGCUAUAAAUCGUACCUAGACAAUUGGCUCCUAAGCUUGUCAGGGGCCCACUAGGGGUAGACAACCCCUCUAUUCAACGAAUGUGCGCUGUGAAUGGCGCUGGAUUUAGUUGCAAUUAUAGCGGUUUAUCGUGCUUGUCGCUCGGGAUGAAUAGCGGUUGAGGCAACUACCUACCUAGGUACCUAGGUAGGUAUUUGCCUUCACUAAAUACCUGGUAAACAGCGCCCGUAGCGGCUAACAAUCCCUGUUGUCGUAGGGAACUAUAGGCACAUACGCCUAGAAAAGUAAGC